AUGGUUCCCUUAUUCGGUUUAUUUUACAUUUUUUCUCAAUUGUGCUCCUUAUGCUCCGCAUAUGUUGAUGUCACUAGUGGUUACCAAGUAUUUUUGGGCUUGCCAAACAAUAUGACAAACAAUCAAAUCUGCUGGUUAUUCCAAACAUCAUACUUCGAUAUCAAUUCCGAUAAAAGUGGUAGAACACUUAGAACAGGACGGUUUGAACCUGGCGAUCAACAAUCUUUGGUUUAUAGGGAUACUUUAGUUGAGUUGGAGGCUAUUACAGAUUUUUAUGAGUACAGUAACCUAGAUCUAUCGACUUAUAACGGACCUGAGCCAUAUAAUUCUGAGACUGAUUAUUGUAGAGAUAUAAUGGAUUUGGUAAUGCGUGUAUAUGAUGAAGAAGGAAAUUAUGUUCAUCCAACUACUGAAGAGUAUUCGGCUACCGCUAGUGCAACAGUUCAGCGUAGAGAUUCUGAUGCUGACAUGGAAGAGUGCAUUGAUGAACCAUGUUAUGAUGUUAGGGACUGUCAGAUACUUAACAGCAAAUGUGGUCAUUGCUCUAACUCAGGUGGCAGAGAGCAGAGAUACUGUGACUGGCAAUACACUUACUUUGUUCACUCUUUUGUUUUACACUGCUGGUAUACAUGGCAACAUACUUGUAGUUAG